GUUUCCGGUAUUCAUGAAUACUUCGGAGAAGGAGCGCGGGUCCUGAAGAAAAAUAGGAGUAGUGACCGACUCGUCUACUAGUUUGUCUUCCCACUAAAUAUUCCGCAGACGGCAGCGCGAAACGAAGCGGAUUUUCACUUCUUUCUCCUCUCUGCUCGACGAUUCAAACUGCGCUCGGAGUUAUAUCUCAGUGUGGCUCCACCGCCAGUAGCGUUAUCUUGCGAACAACAAACCGUUAGCUUAAGUAGCCGAGCUAAUCGUUAGCUGCAAUGUCGGGUGUUGUGCGAGGCCCCGCUGGGAACAACGACUGCCGAAUUUAUGUGGGAAACCUUCCUCCUGAUAUUCGCACAAAAGACGUGGAGGACGUGUUUUACAAAUACGGGACGAUUCGAGAUAUCGACCUGAAGAACCGGAGAGGGGGACCGCCUUUCGCCUUCAUUGAAUUCGAGGACCCCAGGGAUGCUGAUGAUGCAGUCUAUGGACGUGAUGGUUAUGACUAUGACGGCUACAGGCUGCGUGUGGAGUUUCCUCGGAGUGGCAGGGGCUCAAGAGGCGGAUUCAGUGGGAUCAGUGGAACCCCCAGAGGCAGAUAUGGCCCUCCAUCCAGACGCUCCGAGUACAGGGUCAUUGUGUCGGGACUCCCUCAGAGUGGCAGCUGGCAGGACCUGAAGGACCACAUGCGUGAAGCAGGCGACGUGUGCUACGCCGAUGUUUACAGAGAUGGAACCGGGGUUGUAGAAUUUGUGCGCAAAGAAGACAUGACCUAUGCCGUUCGAAAGCUGGACAACACCAAAUUCCGCUCACAUGAGGGAGAGACUGCUUACAUUCGUGUGAAAUUAGACGGUCCCCGCAGCCCAAGUUACGGAAGAUCACGCUCUCGCAGCCGUGGCAGUCGGAGCAGAAGCCGCAGUCGCAGCGCCAGCCGCAGCCGAAGCAAUUCCCGUGGUCGUGGCAGAGGAUCGCCCCGCUACUCGCCUCGUCACAGCCGCUCUCGCUCCCGUUCCUAAACCUUUCCACCGAUGUUUUGAUGUAUACCCUCCUGUUUUUAUCUUUUAUGAGUUUCUCCAGAUGUCAGCAAUUGAUUUUUAAUUUUUGCAUUUCAUGUCCCGAUGUCCUUGUGGAUGAUCUUGGUAUGUAGAUGUACACCCUCCUCCCCUCUUUCCCCCCUCUCCCUCCCUCCCCUCUCCAGCUACUUUGUCCUUUUGUUUUCUCCCUCUCUCUCUCUCCCCCCUUUUUUCUGUUCUCAAUUUUUGCAAUAUUAGAAAUUGUGCUGUGUUGAACUUCAAAAACGUUGAGUUCUUACAAGUUGCACUCAAUGUUUUUGCAAGGAUUGAAAAUUGAGUUUUGUUUUUGUUUUUUGUUUUUUAAAAAACAUAGCUUCUCUCAUUGGAUAUGUUGGGUGGGCUGUUUGGACGGGGAGCCCAUUGCUUAACUGUAUUUUACCCUUGUGUCUUCCUUUAGACAUCUGAAGAGAAGGAUUAAAGUGAUUUGGAAUAAAACCCAUUGUGGAGCACAUUUCAUUUGUAUGGUCAGGAUAGGACAUCUAAUUGAGGAGCAAUCAGGUCGAGGCAAUGGUUUUGAUUGGAGGAGUGGCUCAGUGGAUCCCAAUCCUUGGAGCUGGAUGAGUGGAUCGAUUAGGGAAGGGAUAGGCAAGGAUGGAUGCUCGGAACGGGAUCAGUUUUCCAGGAUUCAAAUGAGAGUUUGAUUUCAGAACUAAUUAACGGGAGUCCCAGAGCAACUUUUUUUUUUCCCCUCUAUUAGGCCCCCCAAUGCCUAUUUAAAUUUUUUCAGUGGUAAUGGCUUUAUUUUACAAGAAAACGAAACUGAGGACCAGGAAGUUGGAUCAAAGGAUGGAGUCGUAGAUGCCUGGUAUGAAGGAAUUAAAAAUUUGGGAUUGGGAGGGGGUUUUUAAUGUGGGAGUAGUUUCUAUGUUUGAUUUUGCUUAAUCUUGCUUUUCUCUUAGCGUUUUCAAUAAAACACUUUCAAACAAGGA